AUGCCGUCCUCCAUCCAGCGCUUCUUGCCCUUUGCGGCCUCGACGACUCCAACCCAAGCUGUGACAUACCUGCUGGGCAUCUCGCUCUUCUCCAUCUCGUUCCUCGUCUUCCUCAACAGCUCCGUUUCCUUUGUCAUUACCGACCUGAUUGGGCAGAAGAACGGCGUGGGCGAUGUCGUCGGCACGCUGGGCUUCGCAGACGAGAUUGUCGCCCUCGUGGCCUGUCCUGCUUGGGGCCUCGUUUCGGACCGCCUGGGCGUGCGAUGGGUCGCCGUCAUUGGAUAUACCAUUGUAGGGCUGUCGCUGGUGGUGUUUGUGCAGGCCAGGAAUGUCUAUCCGCAGCUGCUACUGGCGAGGAUCCUCUUUGCGCUUGGAGCAUCGGCUACGGCCACAAUGGUAACUGCCAUCCUUCCUUCACUAACAGAUGAAGACGAGGAGCUGCGUAACAACGCCCUCGAGAGGGCCAAGGCUGCCGCCCAGAAUCACCACACCGUCGCGCGCCUGAGCGCGGCCUUUUCCGUCGAGUCCGAAGCUACCAUCACGCCCGAGGUGUAUUCGCGAUCGUUGUCCAGUGAGAGACCCGUCUCAGCCAGCGUAGAUCCCCAGGCACGGUCGGGAAAGUCGUCUGUGCUGGCGGGCUAUGUCGGCCUUUUCACCGGCUGCGGCGCGUUGCUGGCGCUGUCGUGCUUCUUGCCCUUGCCCGCUAGGUUCGGUGAGAUUGACGGUGUCACACCCGGAGAAGCGGUGUCUUAUAGCUUCUAUGUUGUCGGCGCUGUCGCGCUGCUCGUUGCCGUCUUCGUCUUCUUUGGCCUGCGCAAUAUCCAAGGAGAGCAAGGUAAAGGAUGGAGGCUGCUUCUCGGGCUAAAGGGACGGGACAGCGACCCCAUCGAAUACGGUUACUCUGGAAGGACACAAAACAAGGUGAUCCCAUUUCUUCACCUUAUGAAAGACUCGGUGCUUCUCGGGUUUACCGACUCACGAAUUGCACUGGGCUACCUUGGUGGUUUCGUUGCCAGAGCAUCGACAGUUGCCAUCUCACUCUUCGUCCCGCUUUACAUCAACACCUUCUUCAUCGGCAACGGUUUCUGCCAGGGCUCACCAAAUGACCCUUCACCAGAGCUGAAAAAGGAGUGCCGCCAGGCAUACGUCCUGUCUUCCAUCCUCACUGGCGUGGCACAGCUCAUGGGCUUGAUCUGCGCCCCCGUGUUCGGCUAUCUAUCUCGCCAGCCCGGCAGGGUCAACUACCCUGUCGUCGUGGCCACUAUCUUUGGCAUCGUGGGCUACACCAUCUUCCCCCGGCUAUCGAGCCCUGAAAUCGGUGACAUUGACGGCAGGGGCGGCACGCCCGCCAUCUUCCUCAUCGUGUCCCUCAUCGGCAUCAGUCAGAUCGGCUCCAUCGUGUGUAGCCUGGGAUCCCUCGGCAAGGGCAUCCUCGCCGUCGAGAUCCCCCGCAACGCCCGCCGCCAGCACUCCAUCGCCCCCGACGAGGACGAGUCCACCGAGUCGGAGCCCCUGAUCCGCAUCGCCACCGAAGAGGAGUUUGUGUCGCGGCUGCGGCUCAAGGGAUCCAUUGCGGGUGUGUACUCGCUGUGCGGCGGCGCGGCAAUCCUCGUCCUUACGAAGCUGGGCGGCCUUUUGUUCGACAAGGUGUCGAAUGGCACGCCGUUUUACAUGAUGGCGGGCUUUAAUGCGGUGUUGCUUACCGCAACACUGCUGGUUGACGCGUCGCAGACGUUUUCGAGGCGUUGA